CUCUAGACAAUUUUAAGGCAAAAGCCGAAGGGAGUUUUUAAGCUCUUAGCUGUACAAGAGAAAGGCCAUAGUUACCGAUACUGAAGAAAAAGGAUCUGCAGCUCUCUCCCCCUCUCUCCCUCUCUCUUCUUUUUCGUUCUUUGUUUCUAAGUUGCUGGUGGAUCGAUUGAGCUUUCUAGUCAGCUUGAAAGGCUGCUGCUGAACAAGAAGAAGUAAUAAUCGUGUUUUGUCUGCUGAUUUCGGUUGGCCUAUAUGGCGAAUCGAGUGAAGGAGGAUGAGAAGAACGAACGGAUUAUUCGCGGUCUCCUGAAGCUUCAGGAGAAUCGCCGGUGCAUCAACUGCAACAGCCUGGGACCACAGUACGUCUGCACGAAUUUCUGGACGUUUGUUUGUACAACUUGUAGUGGAAUACACCGUGAGUUUACACACCGGGUAAAAUCAAUAUCAAUGGCCAAAUUUACUUCUCAAGAAGUCAGCGCCCUUCAAGAGGGGGGAAAUCAGCGUGCAAGGGAAAUUUACUUUAAAGAGUUGGAUCCACAGCGUCAUUCUUUUCCUGACAGCAGUAACGUUAUGAGACUCAGAGACUUUAUUAAGCAUGUUUAUGUGGAUAGAAGAUAUAGUGGUGAUAAAAAUUUUGACAAGCCGCCUAGGGUAAAAUCGGGUGAGAAAGAGGACUAUAAUGAAAAUAGGAGAACAGAUACAUAUCGAGGAGGUUCUAGAAGCCCACCAUAUGAAGACCGCCGUUACAAUGAAAGAUCUAGUCCUGGUGGAAGAAACUUUGAUGGUAGAAGAAGUCCAGGAUCUGAUCAUGAAAAUCGGCAGUUUGGUGAUUUUAUGAGUCCUCGUCCUGAGGUUGUGAAUGAUUGGCGUCGAGAAGACAGAUUUGGAAAUGGAAAAAGAGUUGAAGAUGCAAGAUCAUCUGAUGGAGAUUCAAAAAUUGGAGGCAGGUCACCCGAGCAACCUAAUGAUCUGGAUGCUUCCAGUCCCCCCAUGGUGCGACCUGUUAGGGAUAUUUUGGGAGAGAACGUAUCUCCACUUCGUGUAAUUGAACCACCAAAAAUUAGUGGUGGUAGCAAGGCUGCUGAUAGCUCUGUGCAUAAACAGAGAACUGCUUCUUCCAGUAGCUUAGGGUCCAUCAGUGAGAGCGUCGUGGAAACUAAAUUGGAACCUUCUGGAAGUUUAAUUGAUUUUGAUGCAGAGCCUGAACCUAUUGCUUCAGCAGUCCCGCAGCCACCACAAAGCUCUGCUCCACAAUCUGUAACAUACGCAGUGAACUCUAAUAACGACAACAAUUGGGCAUCAUUUGAUGUCCCUCAGGCGCCUCCUGCUCCUGCUCCUGCUCCUGCACCUGCUAAUGUUGGCACAUUAGAAUCUGUACUUUCCCAAUUGUCAGUUUCAGCUUCUGUACCUGGAAUUUCUGGAUCACAUGGUGCUGUUGGUGCUGUACCUACUGCACCGGUGAGCAACAUGAUGAUGUUGCCAUCUGGUUUUGAUCCUUCUUUUGGAUCAGGAGGAAACACCCUUAUGCCUCCUCCCUUUGCUGGCGGGGCACCCUCAGCUGCCCCAGGGACUGGCUUGUCAACAUUUCCUCCAUCAGGGCAAUGGUCUAACAUGCAGUCACAGACACAUUCUUUAUUUCCUGGUGGUAAUUCCCAACCCGGGGGUCAACAAUUUCCGCCGUCAAUUGACAGAUCCAUCAAUCAGCCAUGGAAUGCUUCACUUUCUGCUAAUUCUCAAGGACCUCUAAGUAAUCCAGCAGCACAUGCCCCCGCACCCCAAGAUUUUUCAAGUCCUGCGCAGGGGACAGCUUCUGGUGUACCACAAACUUCUGCACCCGAAGUAAAGCCAAGCGGGAGAAAAGAACUACCAGCCGAUCUUUUUGCUCUUAAUUACUCAUCGUACCCUGCACCAGUCCCAGGGUGGCAUACUGUUCCGCCUCGUCCCAUGGGAUAUGUAAUGCCAUAUAAUUCUCCAAUGCCCAUGCCAAGUUUUCCACAACCUUCAAUAUCUACAAAUCCAUUCGAUCUCAGCAGCGAACAAUCUCAGUUCCCUUCAAUGGCACCGUUGCAAAAUGCUUUACCGAGUGGGCAACCCGGAUCAAAUUUAAUACGUACUCCCGGCUAUGGUAAUCCUGCAUCAGCAUGGAUACCACAACAGCCACCAUCUAACUUAUCACAUUUGCCUCCCCAGGCAUCAUAUCCAUCUACAAUGCAUUCAAGGCCGCCUUACAUGAGACAGCAAGUAGUCAGUAAUGUGCAACCUUACAGGCAUCCUGGACUUGGCACCUAUGGAAACGAGGGAGUUGCUCAUGGGUACACAGAUAUGAGCCAGCAGACAGCUGGUAGAUUCCCAGCUCCUGCUACUCCGAACCCUUUCUCGUCCACCGGAGGUAACCCAUUUGGCUAGUUAGAGAAUGGAAUAGCCCUGGCAUUGUCUUAUUUGCUCAUACCAUCAAAUCCCUCGGUGAGAAAGUUUUGGUGUCCUUUGUAAUGCUCUUAUUAUAAUCUGUUUAUCCCUUGAGAUAAAAGAGAGUCAAAUUACCUGAUUGGCGCUGUACAUUUUGUUUGAUAUCCGAUGGGGGAGAUCUUAAGAGAGGAGUCAGAGUAUAGGGGUUUCAACCCAGAUUUGUUUCAAUGGUGGAGGCGUAGAUUAUUUUUCUAGGCCACGGUGGUGAUUUUAGGUGUUAGUAAGGGAGUUUCCGACGGGUUAUUUGUGGUUUUAUUUACGAACUUCCCCUCUCAAAUUGUAUAAUUUGUUUUUUUUUUUUUUUUUUUUUUUU